UCCUUCGGGAAGAUUUGGUGCCAACUGCCAGCUGAGAUGUAACUGUCAAAAUAACAGCACUUGUGACAGAGCGAUGGGGACGUGUCAGUGUGGUCCGGGCUAUUAUGGACAUCUGUGUGAACAUGCCUGUCCUCCUGGUCUCCACGGCCCGCUGUGCCAGCUGCAGUGUGACUGUAUGAACGGAGCGUCCUGCCACCCUGUGUCGGGCCACUGCAUCUGUCCUCCGGGAUACUACGGAACCCGCUGCCACAGAGUGUGCGAACAGGGAACCUUUGGUCCGGGCUGCGCCAAAGCGUGUGACUGUGCGGACGACGCUCUGUGCGACCCUGUGACGGGAAGAUGCCUCUGCUCCUCGGGGAAGACUGGACCCAGAUGUGACAUCGACUGCAGGGCGAACAGGUUCGGGCCGGACUGCGCUCAGACCUGCGAGUGCGCCAACGGAGCGCAGUGCGACCGACGCAACGGCCGCUGCAGCUGCAUGCACAGCUGGAUCGGACUCUCCUGUCAGGAAGGUACAGUAAUGACCAACCACACAGGCAUCCCCCCGCUGUCUCCACUGUUACACCCACACGGACGGCAGGUGACAGGCUUUGCUGACUGUCGAGUCGGAGCAGAAGCGACAUUUUCGCUGACUCUGUGAAACAAGAGAAAAUAACUAGUUGAAGUGCUGACAGCGUUCAGUGACUGUGUGUGUGUUUGGUUGCAGAAGUGCAGAGGCUGCACCUUCUCCUCGGUGUCGUCUUUGCUCUGAUCGGAUAUGAAAUGUUGUGUUUGCCGAGCUGGACUUUCCUGUGUGUGUGUUUCCUCAGGUGGACCUCCACGCCUCACCUCUGGGAACAGCAGAGGAGACUCACAGCACAGCAACUCCUUAUAGCAGCUCCAUCCUCUAACCCUAACCCUAACCCUAACCCUGGCUGGAGGACUCCAACUACAACUGGGACAGAGCAGCAGGAUUUUACUGAGGUGACUGAAAGUGAGUGAAAACUUGUGACAGGAAGUUGUAGCAGCUGGAGGAUCUUCAUGGAAAGAGACUCUCUGAUGAGAACUGCAGUUCCGUGUUUGGACCUCAGCUGGACUUUUUUUUUUUUUUUUGGCGUGCCAAAGCGACCUUUGAACUCUGACUCUGGUACAUUGUGAGUUCUUUGCGCUCAAAGUGGAACGUCACCUUAAAAGAAAAAAAAAAAACACCUUUAAUCAUCAGGAUCAGAAUGACUUCAGAGUGCAGUGGUUGUGUUUAAUGUUUUUUCCUCAAAACACCUUUUGCGGGUACUGUAUAUAUUUAUAUACUGAUUGAUUAUUGAUGGAUACGAUGCAACCAUAUUCCAUUACUUGCUAGUACUAUGAAGUUGUUUUUCAGUCUAUACAAAAUGAAGUACUACCCUCAGUCCAAUGGUGCUAUGGUGCUUUACUGUGCUUUAGAUGUUUGAUAAUAGUCAUCACAGUAAAGCACAUUCCUGUUGACUUACUGCCUUAAUGAAAAGCUGGGAUUUCAAUAUAAAUCACUUAAAAUUACACAGCUAGCGGUCAGUGGUGACUACAUAUUUUCUUUUGACUUGAUUUUGUGUAUAAAUUGCUUCAUAUUUAUAUUUAACAGUUGAAUAUACGGCCAAUUUAAAAAUGCAUCUUCUGUUUUCUGCUGGAUAAAAGAGACUUUGCAGCUCUGCCAAAUUUACAGUCCAGGUUUUACACAUGAAUGCCAAUAAAAGACAGAGACGAAAAGGUUCGUUAACCAUUCUUAUUUUAUCGUUAUUUCGUUUUCAUUGGAGAUCGAAGCUGUACAUCCUGUCUAAAUUUCAGAUUCAAGCACAGUGCAGAUAGCAACGCCUGCAAAAGAAAAUAAAAAAAAAAAGAAAAGAAAAGAGAAAAGGCAGAGGUGAUCACAACCAGAAAUAUAUACAACGGUCAAACUAUGUACAGGAGAUACCAGGCGCUCACUUAUGUCGUCUUCAGAGUGAAUUCAGUCCACCGUUUUCAUUCACUUCAGAGCAUUCCUCACAAUGCAUACACAACACAAAGAAAUUGCUUCUUUUUGUCAGUCUUAAAAUCGAUACAAUACAGAUAGGAAAAAUGCAGCAUGAUGAAAAAAAUAAAAACAGUUCUUUUAAUUCUCUCUACUGCAUUAAAGGCUAAAACAUAAAAAUAUAUUCUCUGUAUAACCUAGAACCUUCUGUAAAAUAAGCUCUAUCCAUAUGUGGGUCUGGUUUCAUUUCUGAACUAGUCAUUAAACUGUUAGAACAGCAAAUCUGAUGAAACUAGGACCACUUAAAGCAUGAAUUACACCCCAGCCUUUAAACAUUACAGUUAUUUCUUCAUUGUGUGUUAACCUGUAAACAGCACGCUGUGAAAUAACACUGAUGGUCGAACAAAAUACACAGCGAUAUCAUUUAAAGGAGAAGUUUGACAUUUUGGGAAUUAGGCUUAUUCGCUGUUUUAAGAGUGAAAUGAGAAGAUGGAUGCUGC